UGACUAGGUUUUUAGUUCAUCCUAACCUAUUUUAUUACCUUGUUGAUUUAUACACAAUCGUAAAAACCUUGUGUAAAAAUAUUUCAGUGAUAUACAUUAAAUCUUGUAUACAUAUUUAAAUAUAUACAUACAACUAAAAAUCAUGUUUUUAACCAAUGUAUUGUUAAAAAAAGUUAAAAGCAAACAUAUUUUAGUACUCGUAGAAAGUGUAGCAAGUGGUCACAAGUAUAUAAGAAUUCGAGAUAGGUUAGCAGAUAAAUUAGAAGGAGUGUGGUUUGAUCCUUAUGUUCGAGAACGUGUCCUCUAUCGGGAAUUGAAGAAAAUUAAGAGUUUAUAAAUAUUAACUUAAGAAAUGAUUCCACUAUUAUAACUUAUUCAAUCAACACUUGUAAACUAAAUUUUACAAAUAUUAUUGUAUAGGAUAAAUAAAAUAAUAUUCAAUUAAUCAAGAA